AAGCAUGCAGCAAGAAGAAUACAGUAACCACAGAUACUAGACAUCCCCAAGAAUUGGAGAUCCAAGGACCUAGAAAGAAUGAAGGAUUUUGGAAAGACAAUUACCUCGACCUUUGUACCACAUUAAGAGAUAUGAGUCUACAGGUUUGCCAAAUCAAUAGAAGACAUAUUAACAGGAAGACUCAGAGUGAAUGUAUGCAUGACCAAGAACUGUGUAGCAACUGCUUUUCACCAAGCUUUGAGAACUUGCAUGUCUAAAUGAGGAUCAAAAAUUAGUUCCUCGCAGGAUCAAAUAAUGGAUUUUCAAGAAGAGACUGUACAGAAGGAAAGUAAAGAAUUAAAAAUAUACAAAAUACUAUGUGGGGUGCUGAUUGUUUGUUUAGUUGUUGUAUCACUUGGACUUGGACUUGGACUUGGUCUUCGCCAAAACCCUCAGCAGCCUCCUGCUGCAAAAACAAUGAGCUGCAAAAACCGAUGCUUUACACCUUUUGAUGAGGAAAGUAUAGACUGCCGUUGUGAUAAACUCUGUACUGAAGCUGGAAGUUGUUGUUUGGAUUUUGAAGAGAUCUGUCUUCAGCCAGCUGAGCUCUGGACGUGCACCAAGUUUCGCUGUGGUGAGAUUCGCUUACCUUCUAGCCGCUGUUCAUGUUCUGAUGAUUGUUUGGAAAAUGGUGAUUGUUGCACUGAUUACAAGACUGUUUGUAAUGCGGAAACACCUUGGGUGGAAGAUAAGUGUGAAGAAAUUAAUGCCCCUCAAUGUCCAUCAGGGUUUUCUCAACCACCAUUGAUACUGGUUUCAUUAGAUGGUUUCAGAGCCGAGUAUUUAAAGACCUGGUAUGGUUUGAUGCCCGUUAUUGACAAACUCAAGACCUGUGGAACACAUUCUCUGUACAUGAGAGCCAUGUACCCCACCAAAACAUUUCCAAAUCACUACACUAUUGUCACGGGACUCUACUUGGAAACGCAUGGUAUUGUUGACAACAACAUGUAUGAUGUUAAUUUAGAUUCAUCCUUCUCUCUGUCUGGUGAUGAGAAAAACAAUCCAGCGUGGUGGGGUGGACAGCCAUUAUGGCUGACAGCUAUGUACCAAGGCCUAAAAGCAGGCACUUUCUUCUGGCCUGGAUCUGAUGUGAAAAUAAAUGGAACGUACCCAAAUAAAUAUAUGAAAUUCAAUAAAUCAAUUCCAUUUGAAGAAAGGGUAUUUACUGUCUUGAAAUGGCUCAGCCUACCUGAGUCAGAGAGGCCAAACUUUUAUACCUUAUAUUUUGAAGAACCAGAUGGUGCUGGACAUUCAUUUGGACCUGUUAGUAGUGGAGUGAUCGAAGCAUUACAAUCAGUUGAUCAGAUAAUAGGAAUGCUGAUGGAUGGACUCAAACAGAAAAACCUGCACAAAUGUGUUAACCUCAUUAUUGUGGCUGAUCAUGGAAUGGAAAAGACCUACUGUGACCAAAUUGAAUAUAUGACGAAAUAUUUUGAAAAUGUGGAUAAUUUAUAUGUGUACAGUGGUCCAGCUGCUCGCAUUCGACCAAGAAAUGUUCCCAAGGACUAUUUGACAUUUGAUUCAGAAGGAGUUGUUAAAAAUCUUUCUUGUCGGUACCCUAACCAACAUUUCAUACCUUAUAUGGCCUAUGACUUGCCAAAACGUUUCCACUUUGCCAACAACAUUAGAAUAGACAAGGAAGUCCAUCUGUACUUGGACAAACAGUGGCUGGCAGGACGAGAUCCAAAGACAUUCAAUUUCUGUGGUGGUGGAAAUCAUGGCUAUGAUAAUGAAUACAAAAGCAUGCAAGCUAUCUUCAUAGGUAAUGGGCCAGGCUUCAAAUAUAAGACUGAGGUUGAUCCAUUUGAUAAUAUUGAACUCUACAACCUAAUGUGUGAUUUGUUGCAGAUUACACCUUCAUCAAAUAAUGGAUCUCAUGGCAGUCUAAAUCAUCUGCUGAAGAAUCCCUCUUAUAAACCUACUCUUCCCACCGAGGUAUCAGUUUCAUCUGUCUGUUCACUCUCCACACUGCUUCCAAAUGAUGAUCUGGGAUGUUCAUGUCGUGUGUUGAAUCUGAAUAUUGAGGAAUUGAAUAAAAGAAUCAAUCUUACUGUUGCAGAAGUUAAAAAAGUGGAAGCCAUGACUAUGCCUUACGGAAGGCCCAGAGUUUUACAGAAGAACAGCACAUAUUGCAUCUUGCCUCAGGCAUCUUACAUGACUGGAUAUAGUGCUGACAUUUUAAUGCCAUUAUGGAGUGCGUAUAGUAUUUCGAAAUUGACAGAACUUACUCCGUUGUCGCCAAAUAUUUCAGACUGUCUGCGUGCUGAUCCUCGAAUCUUGGCAAAACACAGCCAAAAGUGUUCAAAUUAUAAACCAGGGUUAGACAUCACCUAUGAUUUUCUUUAUACUCCAAAUCUGAAUAAAACAGAUGUGGAACAAUAUGAUGCAUUAAUUACUAGCAAUAUUGUGCCUAUGUAUCCAGCUUUCCAAAAGAUCUGGCAUUACCUACACAACACUAUGCUGCCAAGGGAUGCUGCAAAGAGCAAUGGUAUCAAUGUAUUGAGUGGGCCAGUAUUUGAUUAUAAUUAUGAUGGACAUUUUGAUACGCUUGAGCAAAUUAAGAAGCAUGUCAAUGGCACAGCAAUCCCCAUCCCAACUCACUACUACAUUGUCCUUACCAACUGCAAGGACACCACUAAGAUUCCCCAGCAGUGUAAAGAUUCACUACAUGCAAGGUCCUUCAUUCUACCACACAGGCAAGAUAACAGUGAGAGCUGCCCAUAUAAUAAAAAAGAAUCCCAAUGGAUUGAAGAGCGAAUCUGGGAUCAUACAGCACGAGUGAGGGAUGUGGAGCUGAUCACAGGACUUGAUUUUUAUCAGGACAGAAAGCAGCCAGUCAAUGAGAUCUUACAGCUAAAAACAUUUCUACCUGCGUUUAUUCCUAACAUAUAGCUAUUAUUCUAAACAAAAAUAUUGUUUGCUUGGAACCUUUAUAGAUUCCUCCUUUGCAAAUCUUCAAAACUGAUUUUAUAUAAUGCUGAAUUGAUUUUUUGAUGUGUGUGGAUUUAGAAUCGCAGCAUGCAAAACAGAACCCCUGUUUUUUGGAAGGUGUUAAAAUGGUCCCCCUCACCUGUUUGCAAUGACUUAUAUCUGAAUGAAAUAUGGAUCAGUCAACAUGCAGAUGCCCUAAACAACAGCUUGAAACACAUUGAGUUCUUAUGAAUUAAGAAAUUAUUGGAAGACAAUGAUGCAAAGAUAUGUGUUGAAAUUUUAUCUUGCUAAAACGUAGGGCCAGGAGGAAGAGUUUACACAGGUUCCAUAGUAUGAUUGCUAAUCUUUAUUAGCCCACAUUUGUCCUACCCUUUCCCAUUUUCUUAUAGAAACAUAGAAGAUAGGAGCAAGAGGAGGCCAUUCGGUCCUUCAAGCCUGUUCUGCCAUUCUUCACAACCAUGGGUGAAUGUCCAACUCAAUAGCUUAAUCCUGCUGUCCCCCCAUAACCUUUGAUCCCAUUCAGCACAAGUGCUAAAUCUAGCCACCCCUUGACUACAUUAAGUGUUUUGGCAUGAACUACUUCCUGUGGUAAUGAAUUCCACAGGCUCACCACUUUUUUUCUUCCACCCUAGGAUCUAUUUGAGGACUGCCAUUAGUUCCGGUAUUUAACUGAAAUCCCAAAGGUUCAACGUUAUCCAGGACAAAGUAGUCCAUUUGAUCAGCACUCCAUCUGUAAACUUAAAUAUCCACUUCCUCCUUUCGCAUGUAGCGACUGUCAAGUAUACUUGUUCAGGAAAUAUCUUACAGUAACUCAGAAAGUUCCUUUCGCAAUCUCUCUCAAACUAACAGAUUCCAGGACCUAAAAAUGUAAGAUUGUGGCAUUAUAAUUCUUUCCACCUCUCACAAUUACAAACAAAAAACAAAACAGAUUUAUUAAGAUGUUCUCUUCUUGUACUCUGGUAUUGGAGAUAUUCCAGCUUGAUGAUGGAGCAGUACAUGAAACCAAUCAAGGUUCAACCAGGAUUGUGAAGGAAAAUUCUCCAUUGGCCUAUUGGACACAAUUUCAACAACAUUCCAGAACCUCAAAGAAAUAAAGCAGUCUACAUAAAUGGCAAACCAGUGCCCACUUAACUACCCAUUUCCUCCGUGAGUUUUAUGUUUGUGAUUGUCAUGUAUUUAUGUACUAUCUACAAGGUGAAAUGUAACAUUUCUGAGGGAUUUUCAGAUGCGCAUCCCAAACUCACCACCACAAUGACUUAGAAGGGAACACUAUGAUCUCCAAGAGACACAACGUUUUGACUUAUUCCUUCAUUGUCCCUUGGUCAAGAUUUGGGAACUCCCUAAACAACAAGAUUUGCCUUCAGCAGUUCAAGAAGACAGUUCGCCACUACCUUCUCAAGAAGAACUAGGGAUGCUCAAUGCUGGCAAUUCCACAAACAUCCAUAUUUGAAGAAUUAAUUUAAAAUAAGGAUUAAAAAUUAUACCCAGGUUUGAAAUCACAUCAGCAACCAAUCUACAAUGUUUCCAGAUUCCUGCUACAUCAUUGUUGUUUGAAUUCUGCUUCUUCUCCACAGAUAUAUUUAAGAAAUAGAAUUCUGUAAAUUGCUCUUGAAAAUAAAAACCAUCAAAAAAUAAUACAUAAAAUAUUUAUAA